AUGGCUGAAAAACGAGAUAAAGAUGAAAAAGAGCUCCCGGAGGCUCUUUUCCCGCUCUCAGAGCUGUUUCCUGACGUGUCCCUCAAACACAUUCUGCACAUCCUGCGGAUAUCCAACGGAAACUUUGACUCGGCGGCAGAACAGCUUCUCAGCUACGACCUGAUCAAGGACGAACUAGACAAGCUUGACCAGGCAGAGCCAACAGAACCAGCAGAACCAGAGGAGAGGCUGCCGCCAGAGUCGUUUUCCGACGCCGUGGAAGCUUUGCAGGUUGAACAAUGGGCAAAACGGUUUGAGCUGCAGGACGAGAUCAUGGAGCUGCUUGAGAUUGAUGAAACAGAGCGGGAACUCGUGGACUGGUAUCUUUCGCAGAACUCCUGCAGGAAGUUGGAAACGGUCUGCGAUAUAAUGCUCAACUUCGACUCUCGGCUGCCGGCAGCACAACAACCUCGGGAUAAGCUCGACACCGCUUCCUACAAUGUCCUAUACUUACAUGGCGUAGAUAAAAGCUCUCCGGGGGUUGGAACCGGUGGUGACACCGGGUCCAGCAAUGACCAUUUUCUUUCCAUGUCAGAUCUCCUGCGGAAGUCGUCCAGAGGCAGCAGUACGCUUCUAGAAAACGAUAGGUCGUGGAGCGAGUUGCAGAAGGUUAUCGAUGACAACCCAGAGCUAAAUCUUCCGGAAAAAUUUUACCUGGUGGCCAUGAAAUGGUUUCAUAAAGACCUUGACAAAAUCUUACACACUGCUAUCCAGUUAAGCGAAUAUUUCGAAAAACAGCCAAGAAAUAUAAUGUCUGCAGAUACCAGCCGUAUCGACUUUGGAGUUCUAGCAUUUGGCAAUAACAGCCUUAAAGAUGAAAUAACGGAGUACAGACAAAAGCAAAGCAGUAACGGUCAUGGCACAAUUAGCACAAAACCGAUGUCUAUCUUUGAAAAUGGUUCUCAACCUGCAGAUCUGCCUAAAUACUCUACAUACCCCCCAGCAUUGGAAAAGCUCCAAAGCCGUGCAGCUAACCUUAAACAGAGUAGGAACACCACCGGUGACAAAUAUUUGAAGUCUUACUACAACCAUUCGAUAGCGGAAACGGAACGGAAAAUACGAGACUUGCACGGCAUAUCUCAGGCUCAGGAAGUGAAUCAGAGGGUAACGCAGGCAAAAAGGACGUUCAAAAUAGACUUGCACACUCUCACUGUGCAAAAUGCCAUGCAAGCCCUAAAUAGCUGUCUCAACUAUUGGUGGGGCCAAGAGAUGCAUCUUCGGAACUUAGAAAACACAAAAUUUGAGUUCACAGGCUUGCGCCAUGUGGACCCCUUCGUGAUUGUUACCGGUAGGGGGCUUCACAGCGCUGGCGGAAUACCAAAAGUGAAAAAUGCUACCGUUGGAUUUCUCAGGCAGAACGGAUUCAAGUUCGAGGAAAACACAUCCAUUAUCACAGUUUUGGGAAAGCGCAAGAAUCAUAGGUAA